GUCCAACCGGGAUUGCCAAAUUGACCAACACCACCGGAACCAGUGCCAGUAUUGCCGCCUCAAGAAGUGCUUCCGAGUGGGCAUGAGGAAGGAAGCCGUGCAGCGGGGCCGAAUUCCCCCCAGCCACUCCAGCAGCAGCCCCAAUCCCCUCCCAGCUGGCGACUUCUUCAACGGGCAGCCGGUGUCAGAGCUGAUCUCGCAACGCCUGCGGGCUGUCGGACCCGGCGCACGUGGAGACGCUGCAGGAGAAGGCGCAGGUGGCGCUGACCGAGUACGAGCGCUCGCAGUUCCCGUCACAGCCGCAGCGCUUCGGGCGGCUCCUGCUGCGGCUGCCCGCGCUGCGCGCCGUGCCCGCCGCCCUCAUCUCACAGCUCUUCUUCAUGCGCCUGGUGGGCAAGACGCCCAUCGAGACCCUGAUCCGCGACAUGCUGCUGUCCGGCAGCACCUUCAACUGGCCCUACGGCACCGGGCAGUAGGGACGGAUGGACGCACGGACGGACGGCAGGAUGGAUGGAUGGACGCACGGACAGAUGGGCAGUGGGACAGAUGGAUGGACAGCGGGACGGAUGGACAGCGGGACAAGCCAGAUAGCGGGACAGAUGGAUACUGGGAUUGGCCGGACAAUGGGAUGGGCCUGAAAAUGGGAUGGGCCAGAUAAUGGGACAGGGAGGACAGUGGGACAGGCUGGAAAAUGGGAUGGGCCACACAAUGGGACAGGCCAGACAGCAGGAUGGACGGACAGCAGGACGGGCCAGAGAGCAGAACACAUGGACAGGGGGAUGGGCCAGAGAACGGGACAGGUCGGACAAUGGGAUGGGCCAGACAAUGGGACGGGAUGGACAGACAACAGGACAGGCUGGAUAAUGGGACAGACUGAACAACGGGAUGGGCUGGAAAAUGGGAUGGGCCAGACAACAGGACAGGCCGGACAACAGGAUGGGCCAGAUAGUAGGGACAGGCUGGACAGUGGGAUGGACAGACAGCAGGAUGGGCCAGACAGCGGAAUGGGCCAGAGAACAGGACGGACACUCCCCAGGAAGGGGAAUGGAAUUCUCCACAAUGCCAGUAGCUCCUGGCCCUGCCGUAACGGGGGUGCACCCUUGAGGGUUGUGCCUGCAGAGUUGUGGGGUUGGCACCAAAGGUUUUGGGGUCGUGGCAUUGUCACAGGAAUUUUUGGGGUUCCACUAUUGUCCCAAAAAGUUUUGGGGUAUUGAGGUUGUCCCCAGAAGAGAUCCCAGUGUUGUCCCAAAAAGUUUUGGGGUCCUGGCAUUCUCACCAAAAGUUUUGGGGUCGUGGAGUUUUCACCAAAGGUUUUGGGGUCCUGGUGUUGUCCAAAAAAUUUUGAGGUCCUGGCAUUGUCCCCAAAAGUUUUGGGGUCCUGAUGUCACCAAAGGUUUUGGGGACCUGAGGUUGUCCCCAUAAGUUUUGGGGUCCCGGUGUUGUCUCCAAAAGAGCUCCCAGUGUUGUCCCAAAUAGCUCUUGGGCCCUGCCCUUGUCCCCAGGCUGUCCCCAAAGAUGGAGGGGACACACAAGGGACACAGACCCCCCCACCCCCCGGGACUGUCCUCCCCGGCUGGCACCAGGAUGAGCCAGGAUUCAGGAUUUGGGAUUUUGGGAUUCUGGGACCAUACCCGGCCGAUGGAAUCCUUGCUCCGCCAUAUAAACUCAUUAAUUAAUGCCAAUUAAAGAUGUUUCCUACAACUCC